GUGUUUGAGGCAGUCAGCUGAGCCCAACUUGUGCGGACGCGGCUGUAACCUCGUACAACAUGAGGGAGCACAAGGAAAGCGUUUAACCCUGUGCACAGUUUGUUAUUCCAGCGUGUGCAAAAAAUCAAGCCAGUCAAAUACCCUCCUUUCCAACCAACUUCGCCGUUCUUUUUCCGUGAAGACCACCGAUUUGGAGGUACAUGUGACAGCUCCCUUCAGUUGCGGUGACUCUUGAGUAUGGCCUUAGCUGGAUGUCCAGACUACUUCCUCCACCACCCAAACUACCAGGACAAUGUUGACCGCGCCUCAUCUCACAGACCAUCCAAUCUCAUUGGUUCAAGCUUUCAGCAGUCAUCCAAUCGGACCUCUCCUAAUCACCCAGAGGAUGAUGUAGAUCUGGAGGCUCUGGUGAAUGACAUGGCCUCUCUUUCGUCCUACGAGAGCAUCUAUGCAACCUGUGAGACCCAGCAUUCUGACUCUGCACCCCUCUUACACAGCACUGAUGGCAGUGGUCUUCAUGGAAACAGAGUGGCCCCACUACCACGGGCCCCUAGUCAUAAAGUGACUGCCCCUCACUCUCCUGCCCAAAGACUCCGGCGAUCUCAGCCAAUGCACAUACAUGCUGUCAGGCGACUUCAAGAAGAAGAGUUGCAAGUUCGUCCGGCGUCUUUGCCAGCUAUUCCGAACCCUUUCCCUGAGCUCUGCAGCCCCUCGGGAUCUCCUGUGCUGAGUCCUGGAUCCCUGCCACAGCCGUCGGAGUCACAUAUCAUCAAGGUUUUCAGCGAGGAUGGUGUGGGAAAAGUUGUGGAAGUCCCUGCCGGCAUGAUGGCCAGAGAUGUGUGUCAGUUCCUGGUUUACAAAAGCCACUGCCUGGAUGACAACUGCUGGUCACUAGUGGAGCAUCAUUCCCUGCUUGGUCUAGAGCGGUGUCUGGAAGAUCACGAGCUGGUGGUGUCGGUGAAGGCCUGCAUGCCUCCAGAGAGCAAGUUCCUCUUCAGGAAGAACUACGCCAAGUAUGAGUUCUUCAGAAACCCACUGAACUUCUUUCCGGAGCAGAUGGUGGCUUGGUGUCAGGAAUCGAAUGGCUCUAUCCCACAGUCCCAGCUUUUACAGAAUUUCUUGAAUUCCAGCAGCUGUCCAGAGAUCCAGGGCUUCCUUUAUAUGAAAGAGACGGGCCGCAAGUCCUGGAAGAAGCUCUACAUGUUCCUGCGUCGUUCUGGACUCUACUACUCCACUAAAGGAAUGUCAAAGGAACCAAGACACCUGCAAUUACUGUCAGACUUGGAGGAGAGCAAUAUCUUCACUGUGAUGACGGGCAGAAAGAUGCACAAUGCGCCCACAGACUACCAAUUCUGCAUUAAGCCCAGUAAGGGCAGGACUGAGCUGAAGGAGCUGAAGAUGCUUUGUGCAGAGGAUGAUCAGAGCCGCACAUGCUGGAUGACUGCUUUUAGACUGCUCAAGGUAGACUGA